UCCUCUUUCUCUGAACAACCACUGACCUUUGAGGCAUGUUCUAUAGCAAAGAUAUUCUCACUCGUAAAGACAACAGCCUCGGUUUGAUCUGGUUGGCUGCAAUGAUGGGCUCUCAUCGAUCCGGAAUCAACAAACUUUCCAAGAAAGACGUGAAUAAUGUCAACAUCGUCAAGACUUGUAUGGAUAUAUCACAACCUUCCGAACCCUUUGCAUUACGGUUCUCUUCUAAUUUGAUGGUUGGGGUUACUCGUGUAUAUGCCAAACAAUACAGUUUUUACCACAUCGAUGUCAAUAAUAUGUGGGUGCGUCUCAAACGGGACCUUGCGGAAGUGCAGUCGAGCGAUAUCAUUAUGUUACAGCCUGAAGCAAGGUUAGUCGACUUUCUAUCCUGUACUUACAUGCAGUAG